AUGCAGUUUAUGUUGCUUUUUAGUCGCCAGGGGAAACUGAGACUGCAGAAGUGGUAUGUCCCAUUAUCUGACAAAGAAAAGAAGAAAAUCACAAGGGAACUUGUUCAAACAGUAUUAGCCCGCAAACCGAAAAUGUGCAGCUUCCUGGAAUGGAGAGACCUGAAGAUUGUCUACAAAAGGUAUGCAAGCCUCUAUUUCUGCUGUGCUAUUGAAGAUCAGGACAAUGAACUAAUAACUCUGGAAAUAAUUCAUCGCUAUGUAGAACUUCUUGACAAGUACUUUGGCAGUGUAUGUGAACUUGAUAUCAUCUUCAAUUUUGAAAAGGCCUACUUCAUUCUGGAUGAGUUUCUUUUAGGAGGGGAAGUUCAGGAGACUUCCAAGAAAAAUGUUCUCAAAGCCAUUGAACAGGCAGACCUUUUACAGGAGGAAGCAGAGACCCCACGUAGUGUACUUGAAGAAAUUGGAUUGACAUAAAUCUUCACUUCACCUGACGACAUCUCAGUGUUUCAUACUGUAAAUGUUCACUGCCUUCAUUGUAAUGUUUAGCUAAUGGUGUAGGGUGCUGUUUGUCAGUAUUACUGUUUUGCUAAGCUGCUUCAUUCAGGCCUACAAGAAUACGCCUUUGAAAAGGAAACAAGAAAUUAAAGUCCAACAAUCAUAAAUGAAAAGGGAAUUAGAUUUAAAUUGACUCCCUGUCUCCCUUCACUGCAUUUAGAGGAAGAUUGCAUUUGACUUCAGUAAGUGUACUGUUUUUUUAUAAGCAAACUUUGACUUCAGGAAAUAAAUGUACCAUUAUGAUAUAGCAUAUCUAAACGAGAAGAAACCAUAUGGACAACUCCAAAUAUGAAAUGUUGUGGUGUAGAAAUUGUGUUUAUGCAACCAAAGACCUUUGUUCAUCUACAUUUUAGUCACCACUUGUGAUAAUGCAGCUUAUUUCAGUUAAUGCAUAAAGAUUGGAAAUACCUGUUUACUACUGAAUUUGUCAUUAUACCAAAGAAUCCUGUUAGGAUCUGCAUAUCAAACUGGUAAAAACUGUUAAGGUGAUACUGCAUUUUGCAAAAAAACUGCACACUGAUCAAACUUACUAGGAAGAAAGGUGCAUUUAAUUGUAGCAACCUUGAGCAAAACUGUGCAAGUUACUAAGUUACUGUACUAAAAAGGGAAUGCAUGUAGAAAAAGAAAA